ACCUCCUUGCCGCCAGGGAGCGCCGUGGCUCCGCCAUUGGGGGCGUCCUGCUGCCAUGGUAACUGCCAUGCCGAGCCCCCGGAGCAGCCGCGACCGACGCACGGGCAGCAGCAGCAGCCGUCUGGAAUUCCUGUCACUGGUGAGCCAGCGCAGCCCCAGCGCCCCAGACAGCCCGUCACGCCGCAAGGAGUCAGGCAGCUCUGCAGCAGCUCCGCUGCCCGAGGAGGACUGCAUGAAGCUGAACCCCUCCUUCCUUGGCAUCGCUCUCAGCUCCCUGCUCGCUAUUGACCUCUGGGCCUCCAAGCGCCUGGGCGUCUGUGCUGGAGAGGGUUCGGCCUGGGGAAGUGCACGGCCCCUGAUGAAGGUCAUCGAAGUUUCGGGGCACGGCAUCCCCUGGCUGCUCGGCACCUUCUACGGGCUCUGCCAGAGCGACAGCUCAGCAGCCAGGGAGGUGCUGCUCAACCUGCUCUUCGCGUUGCUGCUGGAUCUGGUGUUAGUGGCAGUGGUCAAGGGGCUUGUCAAGCGGCGGCGGCCCACCCACAACAAGAUGGACAUGUUCGUCACCAUCUCAGUAGACAAGUACUCCUUUCCAUCGGGCCAUGCCACCAGAGCCGCCCUGGUCUGCCGCUUCGUUCUGCACCACCUGGUGCUUGCUGUGCCGCUGCGGGUCCUCGUGGUGCUCUGGGCUAUCGUCGUUGGCGUUUCAAGGGUCAUGCUGGGCAGGCACAACGUGACAGAUGUACUCUUCGGUUUGCUGCUGGGCUACAUGCUGUACAGUGUGGUGGAGUACUGCUGGCUGUCCCCACUCAGCGCGCCUGCCCUCUUCGCACUUUGGAGCCAUUGAUGGGCAGAACUCUCCCAAAGCAGGAGGUGUGCACAGGGAGGGUAUACUGGGACAGAUACUCACAUCCUAGGCUCCAUCUGUUCAGCCAAAUCUUCAACGCUAGUGGUGCUGCAGGCUCCUGGUCCCACACUUUGAUGUUUGGUGCUGUCUUGCCCUCCUGAUGCGCUGUCAGGGUGUGCACUGGCCAGGGAGCUGCACUGACUAGUCUCCCGUGAAAAACCAGUUCCUACAAUGCCUGAGGAGGGCUUGGUGCGUUCAUCCGUCAGCUUGCUGCUGAUACUGUGAAUUGACAUGCCCUUGCUGGGCGCCUGUUGCACUAGUCCAUGGUGUAUGUGGUAGCUGUUGUCUUGCAGAGAUUUCUCUGCAAUCACCCACAUAUCUGUGUGCUGUAAAUCCACUGUUCGUGUUGCUGUUGUGAGUGUGCCCCACGCAGCCUGUUCCAUGAUGUCUGCCUGAAGGGGACUCACUGGGGCCUGUCCUUGCUUGGGUCUAUAAAGAGCUCUGCCUUCCUAAGAAGCAUGUCUCUUCCCUAUUGCUCUGGAUUUAAGCACUGUGUUGAGGCCACAUCUCAACCAACAAGGACACAAGCCCCUGGCUCCCAGUGCCAUGGGGAAAGGAUAGUACAACUGAGGGCUUGUUUCAUUCAUACUAUGAGUUGAGAGGCUGGGCAGCUGGGGAAGCAGCUCCCAGCAGCAGCCUGCUCCUGAAGCCCUUGUGCAAAGUUUCACAGCUCCUUUACCUCCUCCACUGUUUGUCAGUAUGUUACCAGUUACCAGUACUGCAGAGCAGGCCUCUGAUCCUGGCUAGAAUACACCCUCACCUAGGCUGCUGGGUAGCCCCGGGAGCCAAGGGUUACUUGCACCGCUCAGCAAGAGGCCCUGGUUCUGCCAGCCCACGGCUCCCUGGGCUCUGGGCUGGCUGGCUCUCCUACCCUGGCACUGUUGGUCCUGGCAGCCUUUUCUCCUAGAGGACUGCUUGUCCUUGGCAGGAGGGGACUGUGAGGAGCCUCUGUAAUGAGAUGGGUCUGAGAAUGAGCCAGAAAAAGCACAGAAUCCAUGUCAAGAGGGACCAGAGCCAGGCAGGGAGACAAGGCUCUGGACUGUGCUCAAACAGCAUUCCCAGUGGGGGUGGUUUGGUCCAGGUGGUGCUCAUCAUGGCUGUUAAGGUCUUUUCAUGUACUGAGGGCCCUAGAAAGCACAGAUUAAGUCGUAUUAAAACCAGGCAGUGUUGAAGUGUGCUGUUCACCUCUGGGUGAAGCUGCAGGGGCAGCCUGAGGUCUGCUGGCACAAGCCCCCCAUCUCUAUCACCCACCUUCAGUUAUACAGAUGAGAUGAAAGUGCAUGACAUGACAAUGUUCCCCAGAGCCAAACCUGGACCCACCUACAGGGCAAGUCAGUGAAGCCACCAGCUGUGGGUUUGCACUUCAGUCAUAAAAAGAAAAUCCCCUGGGUUGCACCACAUGCCUCACAGCCAAUUCGGCCAGUCCAGUGUGUGCACAGUAGCACUCGGCCAGCCCUCCCACCCUAAAGCAGCCAUGAGCUCUGCCUUGGCUGCAGGACCACAGGCGGGUGGAACGCUCCAGUAUGGCCAGGGUUUGGGGUGAUCAGGGCUGGCUGAGCUGUACCAAAACAUCUUAAGCUCCACUUUUUCCGAAACACGGGGUGCUUAUUGUCCAAGUGGUUCUUACAGCCAUUAAGGUCUUCCUCUCCAGGAGGAGUAUGGCAGCAACUCUGCAUCUGUGGCUUGUUCCCGCAUUCGUGUGUAUUCCGAAAGUUGAUCAUGGCUCACUUGCAGGACCCUCUAUGUGCUGUGUGGUGUCACCUGCCAUCACCAGUGCAGAGCCCCACUGAGUCACAGACUGGCCUGUUGCCCUCUCACCUCUGCUCUGCUUUCCCCCACCUCUGCCAACAAGACCUGUGCUCACUUCUUGUGCCUGUCAUGUGUCCCACUCCUCUAAGCAUGACUGCCAGCCCACUGAUAGGAAGGAGGAGAUGGGUGCUUACUCCUCGGUUUGUCCCACAGCAGCUCUGCCCACUGGGAAGGCCCUGAGGGGAUGUGUCUGUGUACACUGCCCAUCAUGCUGCCUGUCCUGGGUGCUGGCCCGGCACAGAGAACUGACUC